GGCGAGACUGGUGUGUGAGCCAGAGCCAAGGCGGUUUGAACAGAAGUACGGCGAGCAGCGAGUUCCGCGGGUGUCCUGUGGAUACGGUAGCGUGGCGCGCUCACGGCCGUUCGUUCUUCUUUUUCCCCUUUUUUCCCCGUCGCAUCCUCGGGCUUUCUUUCUCUCGGGUGCGUGAGAACGGUUCGAACGUGAACGUAUAUCGGUCGCCGAAUACGCGCGAAUCCUCGCCGGCCGGCGAACUUGGUUUGGGAAACGGUCGCUGAUUCAGGAUCACGGGUAGUCACGGCGUCGAGGUGCGACGGCACGUGCGACAGAACGUCCGACAGCGACGCGACAACAUCGGGUAACGUCACCGCGUCCGACGGCGGCACGUCAUCGUGGGAGGAUUGCGAUACGACAUCGUGUGACGAUACGUCGGACGACAGCGGGUCCUACUGCCAUUGUCACUGCCAUUGCGCGAUGUCGAAUGAGGAGGAGAUACCGAGCGUGAUCUACGACGCGAACACCGGCAAAAGUUACGUGAAGGGCCGCUUCUUCGGGAAGGGUGGCUUUGCAAAAUGUUACGAGAUCACAGAGUCAAAGUCGCACCAUGUAUUCGCUGGGAAAAUCGUGCCAAAGUCACUGAUGGCAAAAAGCAAUCAGAGGGAGAAGAUGACCCAGGAGAUUGCGAUUCACCAGACCUUGAAUCACAAACACAUCGUUGGCUUUCACGGUUUCUUCGACGAUACUAAUAAUAUUUACAUUAUCCUGGAACUCUGUCGUAAAAGGUCGAUGAUGGAGCUGCAUAAGCGCAGGAAAGCACUGUCGGAAUGCGAGACACGAUACUUCAUGAAGCAGAUCUUGGAUGGAGUUUUUUACCUGCAUCAGCAUAGAAUAAUUCACAGAGAUUUAAAGUUAGGCAAUCUGUUUUUGAACGACGAUUUGCAAGUCAAGAUCGGUGAUUUCGGAUUGGCAACCAGAUUGGAGCAUGACGGUGAAAGAAAAAAAACUGUCUGUGGUACUCCGAAUUACAUCGCACCGGAAGUGCUCACGAAGAUCGGACACUCGUAUGAGGCUGAUGUAUGGAGUAUUGGUGUCAUAAUGUACACUCUACUUGUGGGUAAGCCGCCUUUCGAGACGUCAAGCCUGAGGGAAACGUAUUCUAGGAUCAAACAAGUGCAGUACAAGACACCGCAACACAUUAGUAAACCUGCCAUGAACAUGGUGGCGAACAUGUUGCAACUGAGUCCCUCAAAACGUCCGUCCGUUGCCAAACUGAUGAAAGACAGCUUUUUUAGUUCUGGAUACAUGCCGGCGAGUUUACCGCUCUCAUGCCUGACAAUGGCACCACGUUUGGAUACGCUCGAGUUACACUGCAAUCGCAAACCGCUCAGUGAGAUGAACCUUAACGGCUAUUCGGAACAGGAGAUUUUCCCUCGAGUGCCGAAUAGUCCAUCGCGAAAGGCUAAAUUUAAUAACGAAGUCAUUGAACCGCAAAGAGGCGGCAAUCUCGACAUCAGAAAGAUGCUUCAAACGCUAAAAGAGCAAAUAGCUGUUGUAUUAAAAACUAAGCCUGCUAGGGAAACAGCUUCUUCAUCAGACGAAUUGACUGAUCCAGCGGCGCAGCCUGUGAUUUGGAUCAGCAAGUGGGUGGACUACUCCGAUAAAUACGGUUUUGGAUACCAAUUGUCCGAUGAUAGCGUCGGCGUGAUGUACAACGAUGGCACGCGAUUGAUCAUGAUGUCAAAUGGCUACAACAUUCACUAUAUCAAUCGCGAGGGCGAUGAGUUGUACUACACAGUCAAGGAUUAUCCGGCCCAUCUUGAAAAGAAAAUGAAACUGAUGAACUUCUUUUUGAAAUACAUGAACGAGCAUCUGAUGAAGGCGGGUGGCUCUAUUUCGAUGAAACGUGGUGACGAACUCUCCAGAAUACCCUAUAUACAUCAGUGGUUCAGGACUCAGACAGCUGUAGUGAUGCAACUGAGCAAUGGCACAGUGCAAAUCAACUUCUUGGACCAUGCAAAGAUCAUCAUGUGCCCGUUGAUGGCGGCAGUCACUUAUAUCGAUCACGACAAGAACUUCAAGACUUACAGAUUCCAGACCAUUCAGGAAAAUGGUUGCUGUAAGCCAUUGGCGGACAAUCUGAUGUACGCGUACGAGAAGAUCAAGCUGAUGCUAACGAAUUCUCAAGCCCGAUAAGAUCAUUUAUGUCAAGGAACAACGAGAGUAAAAAAAAAUAGCGAGUGCCGCGCCUCUCUUGGCACUAUAAAUUAACUUGGCACUAUAAAUUAACUUGGAGGAACGCGACAUAUGUAUUUAUUUUCUAAUAGCGCUGUCUUUGUAGCGAGGGAGAGAGAGAGAAAAACAGAGAGAGAGAGAGAGAGAGAGAGAGAGAGAGAGAGAGAGAGAAACGGGCGAAUGGAAGUCACGCAUGAUUUUCUUUCUUCCUUUGCCCGAUUUUUAUACAGACGUAGAAUUUUGCUAGGUAAUCUUUUUUCUUUCUUUUUUUUAUCAUUUACGAAAGAGAGAGA